GAGCAGCACAUCAGACGAUUGAUUGAAAUUGGUCUGACUGUACCUUGCAUUUCAAAACUGCUUGGCGUGUCAACACGAACCAUAGAACGCAGAAUGCAAGAGUUUGGUAUAACAGUGAGAGGAACAUACAGUCAAUUGACUGAUGAAGAGUUAGACAAUCUUGUGGUUGCAAUCAAAACAACAUCACCACAUUCAGGCUACAGAAUGAUGAGAGGACACUUGAAAGCUCUUGGUCAUCGAGUCCAGUGGAGCAGAGUCUUCAACUCUAUGAAUAGAGUUGAUUCAGCUGGAGUCCUUGCUAGAAUGUCACAACUUGGACAUGUUGUGAGGAGAUCAUAUUCAGUUCAGGCCCCUCUUUCCCUCAUGCAUUUGGACACCAACCACAAGCUGAUCAGAUAUGGCUUUGUAAUAUUUGGGGGCAUAGAUGGCUACUCAAGAAAGGUCAUGUAUCUGGGGGCUGCAACCAACAACAAAGCAGAGACUGCACUAGGUUUCUUCCUUGAGGCAGUAGAAAAGCAUGGAGUUCCUUCACGGGUAAGAGCAGACCAAGGUGUAGAAAAUGUGGACAUUGCAAGGUGGAUGUUCACUGUUCAGGGCUGUGGCAGGGGAAGUUUCAUUUCGGGGAAGAGCGUUCAUAAUCAAAGGGUCGAACGGCUGUGGAAAGAAUGUGUGGAUGUCGGUUUCAAACUUGGACCUCAACAUUUUUGGUGCAAGAUGGAAUUUACCCCCAGGAGGAGCAGAACACUGGAGUAG